AUGAAGACAUUAAAUUAAAAUGAUAAAGAAUUUUGCUUAAAAUCAUUAGAAUAAGAAUUAAGAUUAGAUGGAAGAACAUUAUUAAAUAGUCGUAAAAUCGAAGUUCAUUUUGGAUUAAAUCCAGGCGAAAUUGAAUUAAUAAGUGGAGACACACAUAUAGCAACUAAAACGCAUUCAAGUAUAACAGAUCCAAAAAAAGAAAAGCCAAACGAAGGUUUUUUGUUUUUUAAAGUAGAUUUAUCAUCCACAUAAGACGAAUAAUAAUAAAACUUGUAAAAUUUCAAAGAAUAUUCAAACGAAAUAUAAAAAUUAUUAGAGAAAAUUAUAAAAGGAUCAAAGUAAUUUUUUUAAUUCAAAACAAAAUAAAAAAUAUAUAAAAGAGCAAUAGAUGUAGCAAGUUUAUGUAUAAUUACAGGAAAAAAAGUAUGGAAUAUAACAGUGGAAACAUCAGUAAUUUCAAAUGGAGGAAAUCUUAUUGAUAAUAUAUAUUUAUGUGUAAUGAUAAGCUUAUUGCAUUUUAGAAAACCAUAUAUUUCAAUUGAAUAAUAAUCGAAGAUAAAAAUUCAUCCAGAUAAAAAUCCAUAACCAUUAUCUAUUCAUCAUAUGCCUAUUCCUUUUACUUUUGCGCUAUUUAAAAAUGCGACUCUUUUAGUAGCUGAUCCUCUUGCUUAAGAAGAAUAAUUAAUGGAAGGAAGAAUUACUAUUUCAGUUAAUAUUUAUAAUGAUAUUUGUAAUAUUCAUAAACCCGGUGGAGCACCUUUAAAACUAGAUGUUAUUGAUAAGCAAUAUAAUUAUAAUUAAAUUUUUUAUAUAUAUAUAUUUUAUAUUUUUAGAAUUAUUCAAGUUUGUUUAAAUAAAAUUAAAAAAAUGACGGGAUUUGUUAGAGAAAUUACUAGUAAAUGUGCUUAAUAUAAUGUGGAGCUUAUUAAAUAAAAAAAUUAAAUAAUUAUAAUGAAUUUUGACAAUCCUUAAAAUUUUAUUGAAGGAGAAAAUAAUAAAAUUGAAGAAGAAAAUAAUGAUGCUAAAUAAAUUGAUUAAUAAGAAUUAUAAAUGAUGCUUGAAAAAUGA